AAAUAUGGAUAUAAUGUUUGUUUUUUAGUGCCUCUCCUUGCCAAAUUAUCGUAACUAUAUUCUAUUGAUCCUAUGUGUUUUCAUGACUCCCCAGCAUCGUAUGGCAGGAUUAGCUGCGCUAGAAAAGAGAAUCAACAUGCUUAGCCAGAACAGAGGUGGUGCUGGGUGUAGUACUAGCACUUCCAGUGAAACGUCAACUGGGUAUGCCUCACUAGAAGAUCGAUCAUCUGGCCGCUCUCUAUGCUGUCUUGGCAAGAAGUUUAUUCCUCUGCUGUCAGAUGGAGACAAAUUUCAGAGCCUUGUGACCCAGUUGUGUGGGGUAACAAACUAAGGUACAAUUUUAUGCCGUUAGCUCGAGGGACUGCGGUAACAGGAUUUGUAGUGUUACUAGGACUUCUGCUAGCUGCUAACAUGGAGUUUACUGAGAGUAUCCCAAAAGGGUUACAGAUAUAUUGGGAAGCUAUACUUAAUGUUGAACCGGGUUCCUUCGUUGGUUCGGUUAAGUCUUGGUUGUACCCGUCCUUGAAAAUCAACACGUCGUGGAGAGAUCGCCCGGAAGUUUCCUCGGCUUUUUCAACAACCCGGUCGGUUGUGGCCGCGCUUAGCACUUGCAAUGAUUGAGUUACAAAAUUUUGACAAUUUGUCAUUAGAGUUGAAGAAAAGCUAAUUAACCGACACAUCAAGAUAACUUGUGUUUCAGUCAUAGAAUCUUCGUGCUUGUGAUAUAUGUCUAUGUAUUUGAAAAUAAACAAACAUACAAAAACUUUGAUAGGGUUUUGAUAUUCUGAAA